UUAUAAAGAAUAUAAGAAUAACAUGCAGUUUCAGCAAUGUCAUAUUACGGAUAUUCAUCACAAUAUGAAACAGGACUCCCUCACCUCUGUUUUUACCAAAUAUAAAAAAAACACAAAUGUUAAAAUGCAAACACAAGGCAUGUAG